CGCUGCUGUGCUGGGUUGGAUCCACUACUUUUUGUGCUGUUCCCCAACAAAUUUGAACCACGCUUGCGAUGGCUGACGAUUACAGGCAAGAACAGCUGGACGAGGUGGAGUCCCUGGAAGCCAUCUACCCGGACCUCUUCACAAAACUGUCGGAUGACCCGCUCUCCUUCAAGCUGGUCAUUGUGAGCGAUGAAUCCAGCUCACCAGAUGAUCCCGAAGCAACGAGCUCGGUCACUCUGACGGUCACAUACACGCCGACAUAUCCCGAGGAGGCACCGGUGAUUGAAAUCUCAAGCUCGCUGUGCGUGAGCGCGGCUGCAAAGGAGAAGCUGCAAGAGGUGAUCAAGACGGAGAUUGAGGACAACCUCGGCAUGCCGAUGGUGUCCGUGGUGCAGAUGACGGUGAAGGAGGCCCUUGACGAGAUCAACGAGCAGGAGCGCCAGCGCAUUGUCGACGACCGUAUCCGCGCAAAGGAGGAGGCUGAAAUGAAGGAGCUGGAGCGGCUGACGGCCGGCACGGCGGUGACAAAGGAGUCGUUUAUGGCGUGGCUGACACAAUUCCAGGAGGAAAUGGCCAAGAAGAAGGGCGCCCCAGCAAAGGCAAAGGCAUCAUCUUCAAAGCUCACAGGAAAGCAGCUGUUCCUCACAGACACGAAGAUGCAGACCUCAGACUCAUCGUUCAUGGAAGAAGGCGAUCUUGAUGUUGACCGGGCGCUGUUCUCGGAUAUGGACAUGGAGGACCUCCCAGACGACCUCUGAUGUGUGCGUGUGUGCGUGUGUGUGUGUGUGUGUGUGCGUGUGUGUGUGCGUGUGUGUGUGUGUGU